AUUCAGUGGCGACAGAAUGCACUACAGUGUAUCAUAUCAAUGUUCAUUGGAAUGUGAUGCAGGGACAGUGAAUGUUGCAGCACUCUCCUGGCCAUCUGGGGAGCAGUCUGGUGAUACCAUGUGGGAUAAUGGUAGUUGGUGGAGGAGAGGUGAAGGUGGAGAGGUGAAGGUGUGGACUUGUGACAAUGGUGAGCUUCAACACUCAUUCAGUCUAUAUACCGCAGUCCAAAGUGAUAUCCUCCAUCUUCCACCAUCCAUCUCUCCACCUUUUGGCUGUCUCCUCCUUAUCAUACCAUCACCCUGCAUCUCUCAUCACACAUCGCCAGUGUGACAUGGUCCCUGGUGGUCGCCGUUGCGCGCGCACGCGCUUACGUUAGAGCCAAUUAUCACA